AUGGCCGACGUCCAAGGUCUCGUCAAUGACUUUGCCACUAAGCUCAGCAAACGGAAGGUGGAGGGUUCGAGGGAGACUGCUCGGAUGACGGCGGAGUUGCUUCGGACGGUAAUAUCGCAACAGAAGAUGACAUCAUCCACAAACCAUGCCGCCGUUCUUAUUGACGCCGUCAGAGGUGUUGGCGGGCGGCUUAUUGAUGCUAAUCCUGUUGAACUUGCUGUUGGGAACAUUGUGAGGCGUGUUUUGUAUAUUAUUAGAGAGGAGGAGCUUUCACUUCAAGCUGGAGAAUUGACUUUAUCCUCUCAAGACAGUGAUAGAGAAAUUGAUGAGGAAGAUGAUAAACUUUUCCUGUCGUCUGCUGCUACUUAUCAAAGAAUUCUGCAUCCACCUUCAUUGGCUACGCUGCUUGGGAGCAAAACCGACACACCACCAGCUUGCCAUCCUUCAGCUUCAAGGAAUCAUGAUAUUGAGGGAAAAGGCAAAUCCCCUGAUAAAAGUCCAAGCAGCUUGACAUUGAAGCGCCAUAUCAUGGAGGCAGUAAAUGAUCUCAUUGAAGAUAUAAAAACUUGCCAUGAGCAGAUUGCAGAUCAGGCAGUAGAGCUAAUCCAUCAGAACGAGGUGGUACUAACCUUAGGCCACUCAAGAACUGUGAAGAAAUUCCUAUGUGCUGCGAAGGAGAAGAAACGAUCGUUCCAGGUGGUCGUUGCUGAGGGUGCUCCAAAGUAUCUUGGACAUGUUCUUGCAAAAGGGCUGGCUGCAAAAGGUUUACAAACUACAAUGAUUGCCGACUCUUCAGUGUUUGCCAUGAUUUCACGAGUAAACAUGGUUGUAGUUGGGGUUCGUGCUGUGCUGGCCAAUGGUGGAGUCAUAGCUCCUGUUGGCAUAAACAUGGUUGCACUUGCUGCAAGAAAGCAUGCUGUUCCAUUUGUCGUGGUUGCUGGCACUUAUAAGUUGUGUCCUUUGUAUCCAAAUAAUCCGGAGGUUUUGCUGAAUGAUAUGAGAUGCCCAUCGGAACUCUUAUCUUUUGGGGAAUUCUCAGAUUGCAUAGAUUUUAGUAUCGGCAGCGAAGCUCCUCUUCUUCAUGUUCUUAAUCCUGCAUUUGAUUAUGUGCCACCAGAACUAGUCAGUCUUUUUGUCACUGAUACUGGGGGGCAUACUCCAUCAUUCAUCUAUAGGCUCAUUUCUGAAUUUUACUCUGCUGAUGAUUUGGCUCUGCAACAAAAACUGCUUCCUGAAAGUGAACAUUCUAAUUCCAUAUAGAGGAGCUAUUUUUUCUCUU